GCGCCGCGCGAGCCCUGCUGCAUCUGCAUGGAGGUGGACGACUACCAGGGGACGCUCCUCGUCCAGUGCGCGCGCUGCGCCAUCCGCGUGCACGUCAAGUGCUACGGCCGCAGCAUCGCGGGCGGCGACGCGUCCGCGUGGCUCUGCCAGGCCUGCGAGCACCUGAGCGCGUCCUCCUCUUCUUCCUCUUCUUCCGUGUCCUCGCGCGUGGCGCCGCAGUGCGCCGUGUGCCCCAUCGCGGGCGGCGCGCUGCGGCUCACGGCCCAGCGCGACGUCUGGUGCCACGUGCUGUGCAUCAACUGGAUCCCGGAGCUGUACCACAGCCUGGCGGGCGCCAUGGACGAGGCCGUGGACAUCUCGCUGCUGGACCGCAGCCGCAGCUCGCUGCGCUGCAUCCUGUGCGGCCUGCGCGGCGGCUGCAUCCAGUGCGUGAGCGGGCGCUGCGCCAAGGCCUUCCACGUGCUGUGCGCCUUCCGCGCGCCCUCGAGCCUGCUCUUCACGGGCUACAACGCGGACAACCAGCAGGUCUACCACUGCAAGUCGCACCUCGCGGACGUGGCCACGACCCGCUUCGAGAUGGUGGACAACUCGUGGCGCAAGCUGCCCGUGGCCAAGCAGUACCUGCUGGAGCACCCGGCCACGACGGAGCUCAAGUGCCGCUUCUGCACCAACAAGGUGAGCGCGCCCAACAAGGAGAGCCACGAGACGCAGUGUUUAUUGGGCUGGCUGGCCAGACACGACUCGCUCAUGCGCAAGCAGGAGCUGGACCGCCUCGGCGUCAAGCCCGCCGAGAUCUCGUACAAAACGCAGGCCAAGUCCCCGUCCAAGAAGGGAGGCGGCGGCAAGACGCGCAGCAAGAGCAGCCCCAAGAAGAGCCGGGACAAGCGCCAGGCGCCGCCCAUGCGCGCGUGCCCCGAGUGCGGCGAGUCCGUGCGCGAGACGCACAUGAUGGGCCACCUCAAGAACACGUGCCCCAAGAGUCGACACGCUAUGAAGCGCAAGAACAACAUGACGUCGCCGCGGACGUUCGCCGGCCUGGAUGACACGGAGCCCGCGGACCUGACGGACGUCCUGUUCGCCUCGUGGCCUGGACAGAACAGCGGCGCGCCCAUGGACUCGACGUACUUCUGGAAGCUCGUGGAGAACCACUUUUUCAGCAGCAGCGUGCUGGAGAAGAAGCGCAUGGAGCAGCUCUCUAAAAGCUUGUGCGGCGUGAAACUCGAGGACAUUGCCAAGGCGACGCGUCGGCGGCCCCUGCAAGCAUCGGACAUUCACUGUCGAGACACAUUACGACUGGAACGAAGCGCGGACGACCCGAAGCAAGCUCUCGCGCUCAGGAAAUUCGCCCACAAGUGCGAUUUCCUCAUGCGCGCGAGCCACUGCCGUUGCUUGAGCGACCCGUUCGCCAAGCCGAUGAUUGAGAUUUGCCACAACCCCGAGUGCACACAGCCCGUCACCGAACAGCCCGCUGAUUCUGUCUCAAAGAACGUCCCUGAAGGCACAGAAGCAGACAUUCGCGUGCAGUUCAAGAAUGGAGAGAACACAACAGUGAGCUGCAAGUACUCGCUGCGUGUUUCGCAGAAUGGAGCCACCAUGCACCAGCAAGCUGCAAAUAACGGGACGUUCGCCAGUAUUUUCCAGCAUGAUGCGAUGUCCACAUUGGUUGGAUUCGACAUGCAGACGAAGAAGGUUCCCUUGGACAAGGAUGACCAGUUGCUGAUAUCUCUUGAUGCCUGCGACCAAGUGAAGGAAGCCCCAGUGGAGAAAUCUCCGGAGGCUAACGGGCUCAAAUCUCCGAUCUUGGCUCUCCCUGCCAAUGCCGCACUCACGGAUGAACUGACACCAGAAAUUAACCUGCUGAUGGAGUACCUGAAAGAUACGACGGAGCAAAACCGCUAUCGUAUUCGCACAUUGUACAAAAGACUUCAGGGCAGAGAGGGUGAUGACAACAAGUUCCAGAUUAAAGCGCAGACAACGGACAUGUACUAUCGCGAGUUUGCGGCGUGGAAGCGAUUAUGCUCAAGUUUAUUGAUCGGAUACAGAAGUGGGGACGAGCCUGAAAAGGAAGUCAAGAAAACUGACACAGAAGAGCAAGAGGGGUCUACAGAGGACGAAGAUGACGCAAUUGACGAUGGCACCUGCGUGGUAUGCUUCGAUGGACAAUCUCCUGAGACGAAUCCGAUUAUUUUCUGCGAUCGAUGCGAGCUAGCUGUCCAUCAGCGCUGCUACGGAAUGGACAAGGUGCCCAGCAAUGAAUUUAUUUGCGACCGAUGCCGCGCCACGCGGGAAGGACUCGACCCGGCUACCGAUGUAUUCUGCCAACUUUGCUCUUUGAGCGACGGCGCAUUCAAACGUACCGUCGACGGAAAGUGGGUGCACGUCGUGUGUGCGUUGUGGUGCCCGAAAGUGUGGAUUGGCAACCUGUUCGAUCUUUCGGAGAUCAGUUUGGUAGGAACCACGACUCAAGUACGGUUUGUAAACUCGGCAGAAGAGAUCGACGCGCGCAUUAACCAAGCAUCAGGUGGGCAGAAUGCCAUCGUGAAAAAUGAUGAAACCCCGGAAGUUCCUGCCUUGGAGCUGGGCAGCCUGUGCGUGCACUGCAGAGUAGCUUGCGGACGCACCAUUCAGUGCUGCCAUCCUGGAUGCUCUACAUCCUUCCACCCUCUGUGCGGGUGGUAUGAGGGUCUACCCAUGACAAUUUCUCUCGGCGAUGGACGAUACAUGUAUGCUGGUGGUGGUGCUGGAUUAAACUUUCGGAUGUACUGCCCAAGUCACUUGCCCGGACAUUAUCCAGCGUCCGAGCAGCUUGCCCAGAAACGGCGGCGAACUCGGUUCCGGAUCGAUUCAUACUUUGUUAUGCGGAACAAGGACAAUUACAGCACUGGAAGCAAGCAAGCAGGUGGUGACGAGUCGUCCUUGCUGUCGGGAUCAAUCGUGCAAGCUGUGUUGUCAGCCGAGAGCAAGAUAACUGCAACAGACGAUGACCCAAAUGCGACGGAUUGGACCGACAUGACAGUUUGCUCUGCGUGCUUCGAGUAUUGCGCACCUAUUACUGGGGAGCUCACGGACGUGAACAUGCUCCAUCGAAGGCAGUUUAUGAUACGAUGCCAGUACUGCAACGUCUACAUCCACCCGGAAUGCUGCAUAUCCGACAUUGGUUCAUCCGCCUCAAUAUUUAGAAGCAAUUGGAUCUGCGAGCGGUGUACGCUAACGGGUGGUAAGGAAUCGCCCGCGUGCGUCGUGUGCGCGAAGGCAACGGACUACCUGAUGCCUUGUGUUGAUCCGCCGGCUACAGCGAUCCAGCCGACUGUCCAGACUCUGCUCGCUCCGAAGUCAACGAGUAUGGCGAUACGGCCGGCACCGGGCGGGGGCCAGCAACUUUGGUUACAAGGAUAUCAAAACAUGCAGCGACAACAACAGGGCCAGACAAUUUCGGAGAGCAAAACCUUGCAGCUACAUCAGCAGAUUCCUGAGAGUAAUGGGGUGGCGGCAACUCCAUCAACGUCGAACAGGUGGAUUCACGUGUAUUGCAGCAAGUGGCAGAAGACGCGGACGGUCAAGCGGCAUCACAUGCUGUGUGCGUAUACUCCCACCCUGAAGUCGGAUGGUAUGUCGACGCGAUGUGAGCUGUGCGACAAGAAAGAGGGGCUUCUAGCCAAUUGCGCUCAGUGCUACCGUCGAUUCCACCCGAUCUGCGCGGCACAGAAGAAAUUGUAUUGCGCUCGAUCUAAUCGCACCGAGUGGAAGUUUUACUGUGAAGCGCACCCGCCACCGGAUGCUGCUUUCGAUGUAAACCGUCAGUCCUGGAUCAACCAGGAGAUUUUGGGCCAGCUGCAAGACUUGCGUCGCUCGCUAGAGCGCGGGCGAAUGCUGCUGGAAAUGUCUCGCCAGCGCGACCGUCAGCAGAAGCGUCUUCUGAAUCUUUGCAAGUUGCCGCUCAUGGAGGCAUCGAUCGAGGUAAUCCUCAAGAAGCGCCCGUCCGCCCAGAUGAAGGAGGUUUACCAUGAGCUCACCGGAGAAACGCUAACGGACGUACCACAUCGCCCUAAGCCGGCACCACCGUCGCCACACAAUGCGCGAAAUCGCGUCAGAAGCAGUCCGCGUGCGGCAGCUGCAAGUCGCCCCACCCGCUCAUCUAAACGUUCGGCGCCCCAAACUGCAGCUACGCCCGAGAGAAGCCCCAAGCGUCGACGUGCCGAUUCCGAUGUAUCGAGCAGCGGUGAGACUAAUUCCCGCCGGAGUUCUCGUCGAAAGUCGUUGCGCUUCAAUCAAGAGGAGGCUUCUGAGGAUGAAGGCGCGGACGCGAGUGAGGACGAUGACGAGCUGGAGGCUCAAAAGAAGUUGUGGACAAGCCUCGCAGUGCCCAAAGACCUUGGUGAUUUUGACCUUGUCGUCGCUAAAGAGUUCCCUGAACUGGUGAUGGAUUCGAUUACCCGCGGUGGGUCGUCGGCUGCGGUUGACGGCACUCCGCCAUCUACUGCUGCUUCGACAACGGAGACCAUUGACAGCGGGGAAGAGGCUCACUACUGCGACGAGUGGGAGUUGUUUUCGGACGCGAAGUAUGAUGCUUCUGAUGAUGGAGAUUCAGCAGAUGGGCAAGGCGAGGAGGGAGAGGAUCAACUUAGUAGCGCCUGCGAGCAAGCAACCACAGAACUCGCAAUUGAAUCUGUCGUUGCCACGACAAGAUCUCAGCUGGACGAUACCGAUCGGCAAGAAGACCCUGUGGCACCUGAGCAUGGUGUCGAAUGCUAUAAUGCCGAGGAUAUUAACGGUGUCGUGUCGGGUUCUGUGGUCGAUGAGCACAGACCAACUUCACAGGGCGGAGAGAAUAUGGAUGCCAGUCUGCGUCGAAGAAUCCAAGUUGUUGUGCGUGUCCGUCCUCUUUCCGAAUCUGAAGGUAAGGUGGUCGUCACGGCGGGUGAGAAGCAGGGAUCCAGCUUGUGUGUGCAAGCAACAACGGCCCAGGGAAGCAUCAGUACAGUCACGGAGUGCGCGUUUGAUCGAGUGUUCAUGGGAGCUGCGACGCAAGAAGACGUGUUUUCUGCAGUAGAGCCAAGCGUACAGGCGUGCUUGGAAGGGUACAACGCCACUGUCUUCGCAUACGGACAGACUGGAACGGGCAAAACGCACACUCUUUUUGGGCGUGACUUGGGUUCAUCUCGAGACAACACCGCUUGCGAUGGGGCUACAGCACCAGGAGUGGCUAGCGAGUCAUUUCGAAUGGUCAAGUCGUCUUGGGGAAUUGUUCCCCGCACACUCAGCUAUCUGCUCGACCGAGCAGCCAUUUUGAAAGAGAAAAACUGCCAAGUCGAGCUGCAUCUGAGCUUCCUGCAGAUCUACAACGACCGGUUGUUUGAUCUCCUCACUGAUCGCAUGCGCCAAAAGCCCCUGCUCAUUCGCGAGCAGCCAACGCUGGAAGGUACGACGAGCGUCAGUGUUCAAGGACUGUCAAGCGAACGGAUAACGUCGUUCUCACACGCCAUGCAGAUAAUCCACCAAGGCCACACGAAUCGGUGCGUGCGCGAGACGGAAUCGAAUGUGUCGAGCAGCAGGAGCCACGCUAUCGUUCAGCUCCACGUGGCGACUCAAUGCCCGGCGCCUAAUGGUGACGGCCAGGUUCUCCGGAGAGCAAGAUUAAACUUGGUGGACCUAGCGGGCUCUGAGAAAUGGAAUACGGACGUGGAAAUGGAAGACGCGCACUCGCAAGAGCUCAAGAACAUCAACACGAGUUUAUCGGCGCUUGGCAAUUGUAUCGCGGCACUAACUGAAGCUGGAAGGAAGCACAUUCCAUACCGCGACUCAACUUUGACCCGCGUUCUGCAGGACUCUUUCGGCGGUAACACGCAGUCGUGUCUGAUCGCUACUGUCAACGCAACGCAGCAGUCAUGCGACGAGACGAUCCGGACGCUGCACUUUGCAGAUCGAGCGAGGUCGGUGAUGCAGACCAUUCGAGUGAAUGAAGUGGCGGAUGGAUCGACGGAACUGCUGAUGGCGAAGAUACAGAUUGUGAAGCUUCGUGAACGAUUGGAGAGUGAGCAGCGAAGACGACACGAAACUCGGCUUAAGGAGCAUCAGGCCUUGCAGCGAGACUUUCAGGAAAAACUGAAGGGGAAGGACAAGGAGAUCUCAAAGCUCUCGAGGGAUAACGCCGUCUUUCAGAGGUGGAGGGAGGAAGACGUGAAGAAGAUCCGAGCACUCGAGAGUCGCGUGAAGGACCUGGAACAGCUUGUUGACUCGAAUGGUGGCAAAAAAUAUGAUGCACCUAAGGACCUUGGUACCAGCACCCCUGCUCAGGCUAUGAAGCGCCAGGCUUCGAUUUCUGUGUCGAAUUCUACCAUGACAAGGACCACUACCAUGCAGAAAAGUCGAUCACGACCCAGUCUCGCUCGAGCGGGAAGUGAUAAUGGUACUGCUGCUCGGGCAUACAAGCAGGUGCUGGAGCGAUACGCUCUCGGGUCAAGUAAAGAGCAACCGCAGAAAGCCACAGUGGGCAGCAAGGUGGCGUUUGAGCCGAACCCGAUCAUUGAUCCGUCGUACGAUGCAACAAAUCAGCUCGAGGACGCAGAGGAAUUGGACGCGAGCUCGUCAACGAACGAGAUGCAACGGCUUCAGGCAGCAGUGGAACGUAGCCGAGCUGACGAAUCACCGCUAGCAUGGCGCCAAGCCUCUGGAGUGUGUGUAUCCCCUGUCACCUGUCCUCCGGACGGGAACGACGUGACUGCGACACAGUAUUCUAGCGCCAUGAACUCCUGGAAGUAUUCGAACCUUGCUGCCGCUACGAACAGCUUCAACCCCAAUUGGCCCCCCUCGGCGAUGUCCAAGUCAACUCCUGUACUUUUGACCCAACAGCAAGACAGAAUCGGCAACAGUAGCGAGCUGUGGUCGUCGAAUCCAGCCAGUGGUUGGAGUACCUCCGCUUCUAAGCAAGAUCCCGUGACGCUAUUCAAAAGUGCCAGCGUUGCUGGGUUCACUUACACCUCACUACCGCGUGCCCAAGCAACUGGCGCAAUCGAGGCGUGUACCAAGCACAAACUCGCUGGGUGUAUGCUGUGCUCGGUCAAUGACAGUUUUCGGCAAACCCAAGCAGCUCCAACUCGUCAGACCGCGAAGGAGCCAGCACCAGUUGCCGUGGCUUCAAAGGUCACCGAAGUGGCUCGCAAGCUCCAGGACGGACCAUGUGAACGGCAUCAACUGCUCCGAUGCUUCAUUUGCAUGAAGGGCAGCGUUAACACUACUCCGUCCAGUGCUGUGCAAACUCCAUCGGCAGCAACAACUGUACCGACCAAGGCGCCCCCGAUCUACAGCUACAGCAGUUCAGCCACUUUGCCGACUGGCAAACUUCCCACUUACCAGGCUCCUUCACCGCAAGCUGAUGCCUCGUUGCAGUCGAAGUGUGCUCUCCACUCGCUCGCCAACUGCAUUUUGUGUGCGGGGGUCAAGGCGAUGACGCGAAAAGUGGCGGUUCCCACUCCUCAGGCCUCCCCUGCGAAGGCGGUUACCUCAUUCGACUCGAGAAGUGGGCACUACGUUGAAGACCGCGCUGCUGCAGAUCGAUAUCGGCGAUACACUCUCGAUGAACGGAUACUCAACCAC